CGAGCGCCAUUGGCCCACUGCGCCCGGCGGACUGACUGCUCCGCCGUCCCCGCGAUGACUUGCGCCAGGGCGGCGGCGGCUGGCGGCCUGUGGCGGCUGCGCCCGGGCGCCCGACGACCCCUCCCAGCUUGCGGGAGAAGAAUCGGCGUGAGAUUCAGCAGUUCAGGAAUGACCCUGGACAGUAUCAAUCGGGCGGCCGUGGAUCGGAUCAUCCGUGUGGAUCACGCUGGGGAGUAUGGUGCGAACCGCAUCUAUGCGGGGCAGAUGGCCGUGCUGGGCCGGACGAGCGUCGGGCCCAUCAUUCAGAAAAUGUGGGAUCAGGAAAAGGAGCAUUUGAAGAAGUUCAACGAGCUGAUGGUGGCGCUCAGGGUGCGGCCGACCGUCCUGCUGCCCUUCUGGAAUGUGGUGGGCUUUGCGCUGGGGGCAGGCACAGCCUUGCUGGGGAAGGAAGGCGCUAUGGCCUGCACCGUUGCCGUGGAGGAGUCCAUAGCUCAUCACUACAACAACCAGAUCAGGACACUGAUGGAGGAGGAUCCUGAGAAAUACGAGGAGCUCCUGCAGGUGAUAAGGAAAUUUCGGGAUGAAGAGCUGGAGCACCAUGACAUCGGCCUGGACCACGAUGCGGAACUGGCCCCAGCCUACGCUGUCCUGAAGCGCGUCAUCCAAGCCGGCUGCAGUGUGGCUAUAUCCUUGUCAGAAAGAUUCUGAGCCACAUCCGCUCGGGCCUGUGGGGGCAGACGGUGACAGCCACACAGAGGGGGGACGUGUGCAGUUUGCACUGUAUGUAUUUCUCUUUGUCUCUCCUUCUCUGUGUAAAUUUGACUUUCCAAUAAAAAAAUGAAUUUUUUU